AUGUUCUCACUUUAUUCGGUGGUAGCGGAAUCUAUCUAUCUAUCUAUCUAUCUAUCUAUCUAUCUAUCUAUCUAUCUAUCCUCCAUUCUUUCAAGAUUCCUUCUAUCUAUCUUUUUAAAAACAAUUCACCCCAAACAAGAGGAUAAUGCCACUGAGACACAAGGGUGGCUACUGGCAGAAGCAAGGAAUAAACCUCGACAUCUAUCUAUCUAUCUAUCUAUCUAUCUAUCUAUCUAUCUAUCCCAGUCUCUUCAUAUCUAUCUAUCUAUCUAUCUAUCUAUCUAUCUAUCUAUCUUUGAAUAUUUAUUCUCUUUACUAAAAAUUCUUUAUUCCUAUCGGUCUUCCUUUAACCCGUAUAAACGGAUCGGGUUAGUCAACCUCCCGAACGAGACUCUGCCCUACGGCGGAGCCUCGUCAGGUUUUGCUCAGAGGCAGAAGUUCGACUGUCAAGCCGAGCGUCUCGGCUUGAUUCGGUAUUCAGCCACCCCCCACGAGGGUUGCAUGCGACACAAGGUCAUUCACCCCGAACGAGAUUCUGCCCUUCGGCGGAACCUCGUCCGGGUUAUUUUUGCUGAAAAGCAGAGAGUUCGACCGUCAAGUCGAGAAGCUCGGCUCGAUUCAGUAUCUAGCCACCCCCCACGAGGGUUGCAUGCGACACAAGGUCAUUUUUAUCGUGGGUUUCCUGAGCCCGGUGGGUCAUUCACCCCGAACGAGAUUCUGCCCUUCGGCGGAACCUCGUCGGGUUCCUUCUCUCAAAAGCAGAGUUCGACCGUCAAGCCCGAUUCAGUAUCUAGCCACCCCCCACGAGGGUUGCAUGCGACACAAGGUCAUUUUUAUCGUGGGUUUCCUGAGCCCCGUAGGCUCAGCCAAAAAUAUGCCUGUAUGACUCGUAAAAACGAGAUCAGGGUGGGUCAUUCACCCCGAACGAGAUUCUGCCUUCGGCGGAACCUCGUCGGGUUCUUUCUGCUCAAAAGCAGAGAGUUCAACCGCUCAGCCAAAAAAUAUGCCCGUAUGACUCAAAAACGAGAUCAGGGUAGGUCAUUCACCCCGAACGAGAUUCUGCCCUUCGGCGGAACCUCGUCCGGGUUCCUUUCUGCUGAAAAGCAGAGUUCGACCAUCAAAGGAUUCAGUAUCUAG